CCGCCAGGAGAGGGAACCCUGCAGGUUAAAAUAAACCCUUGGUUUCUAGUUUGAAGCAGACAGAAAUUCUCAGUUUCUCAGUUUCCCUGAUUAUUAUAGACAACAUGUGUUGGCGAACAGCAAAAUCAAAGCUUAUACCCAGCGAGAUUAAUGGCCGAGAAACGAGUGCAGGAGUCUCGUGGAUAAGCUUUGACAAAUUUGCAGAUUACCAUCUUGGUAAAGCCCUUCCUAGGUCAAGUCAAGCAGCAGAUCUUCAUUGCCAGAAAAAAGAGGAAAAUAUGGCAAGAAAAGGAAAAGAGAAGAAAAGGAAGGCAAAUCACAAGUGGAUAGGGCUCAGGAAACGUCCAUCUGGCAAAUGGGCUGCAGAGAUCAGAGAUCCCAUCAAAGGAAUUAGGGUUUGGCUUGGAACAUACAACUCACCAGAGGAGGCUGCACUUGUCUAUGAUCUUGAAGCUAGAAAAGUUAGAGGGAAAAAUGCCAAGCUGAACUUUCCUGUACAAGUCCUUACAUCUGAUGACUCUAUGAACAAGGUGAAUGUUUGUCAUCAAUCUAUGUCAAGUACAAGCGAAUCUUCUAGCUAUUGCCCUCAGAAUAAAGAGGAGGAAUAUGGGGUAUUUCCUGUUCCAAAUCAAGGUACGGAAAAGGAGAGGCUAACCCCUGAUGUGCCUGAGGCAGCAGUACAUGAGUUUAUGGAACAUUUGGAUAGUAUGUUGAAUAUGAAUCAUCCAUCCACCACUCCGAAGUGCCUCUCAGUGGGUGUUGAUUUCAAUAAUGGUGUUCUACAAUCUCAUGAAUCUCAAGUCAUAAGCUCGUGUUCGACUGAAAGGAAGAAAACCCAUGAGUUAUUGUGUGAAUCAUCUGCCUCUUUGGGUAGCAGUUUUGAAGAGGUAGAUGGACACAUAACUCAACUGGAAUCUCUUAAAUCAUUUGAAAUCACGGAGGGGUUAUUUGAGUGGGAGAUGGGCUUGUAUGACUCUCAGUGGUGGGGAGGGCGGAAUGAACUUCUGAAGGAGGCCUGCAUACGAGGACUGCCGUUCCUUUAGAGGGAAAAUCUUCCUGAUGAGGCGUGGAUCGAAAAUGAUGAAAGCGAUCUGACUGAAGUUUAUUGAAACCAGGUUUCUUAUCAUAAAGCUAAGGUGAAUUAUAUUGCAUAAAGUCACAUGAUGGAGGAUGCAUGUUUAACAUGGUUUGUUGUGAUGUCGUGAUAGUUACCUUAUGUGAAUAUAUGUAGUAUAAAGUCACUUGUGUUCAUAACUAGCAGUUUUUGUUUUAAUACAAUUCAUUAAAAAUAUUGUUUUGUAUGGAUUUUCUGGAGGUUUUUAUACAAUUC